UUGUGGCCAUUAUCAUUGGACCACGGAGUACAUUGAUAUGAAUUCCGAAUUUAUGAUAAGCACAAUUUAUAUUUUUAUCUUGAAAACAAUUAGCAUAUAUAUAUACAUAAAUACCUAAAGUAGUUUUUUCGCAGUGUGGCCAAAUGAAUUGUCAACAAUCCACUUGACUAAUAUUUUAUCUUUGAAUUGUUGUUAUCAGUAAUGUCAUCUUUAAUAUUUUCUCGUCGUGUUGAAAGCUGCUGUAAACUGAAGUGCUGAGACGUUGAAUGUAGGUUCACUUGAGUUUCAAUCUUUAAUGUUUCAGAUUUCAAUUCGAAACUCAAAAUUUCAGUACUAUAGCUUGAGAUUUGAGAGGCACUGUUAAAAAUAUAGUCAAUAUAGGUAUAGUUAAAUAUAUAAUUAUUUUCUAAUAUUCUUUAAUAAUCCUACAAACAAUUUCAAAUCACUUAACAUUUUCUCAUGAGUGUUAGCAGUAUACUAGUCACACAAAAAUGUCCAAUAAUGACAGUAACGGAAGUUCGCCAUCUGGAGCUGCAAGACCUUCUCAUCCACAGUUAGACAUGCGUCAAGAAGCUGCAAUAACAGAAAAAAGAAGACAGUUAAAAUUGGCUAUCCAAGGAACAUCCGGUGCCUCAUUUGGAUUCAACUCUACAAUACCAAGCUUACAACAAUUAAAAUUUGAAGAAGAUAAUAAAUUAAUAAUUAAUGGAUCAACAUCAAAACAACCAAAUUUACCUAGAGCACGGUUAUCUAAUACUGAAACAAUGAGUGAAAAGUCGCGAGAGAGACUAAAAAUAUGUCAAACAAUACAAUCCACUGGAAAACUACAACUUUCUGAGAACAAGGUAUAUGAUUUUACAUCAGAUGAUUUACAAGAUUUAGGAGAGAUUGGCCGAGGAGGUUUUGGAACUGUAAACAAAAUGUUACAUCGUAGUAGUGAUACAGUAAUGGCUGUUAAGAGGAUAAGGUCUACUGUUGAUGAAAAUGAACAAAAACAAUUACUAAUGGAUUUGGAUGUUGUGAUGAAAUCUAAUGAAUGUCCUUAUAUUGUACAAUUUUAUGGAGCGCUUUUCAAAGAAGGGGAUUGUUGGAUUUGUAUGGAACUAAUGGACUCGUCAUUGGAUAAAUUCUAUAAAUAUAUCUAUGAAAAGUUAGAUCAACGAAUACCAGAAAAUAUAUUGGGGAAAAUAACUGUUGCGACUGUAAAAGCAUUGAAUUACCUUAAAGAAAAAUUGAAAAUCAUUCACCGUGAUGUUAAGCCUAGCAACAUUCUAUUGGACUCUCGAGGAAAUAUAAAACUAUGUGAUUUUGGUAUUUCAGGGCAGUUAGUCGACUCUAUAGCAAAAACUAGAGAUGCUGGCUGCCGCCCUUACAUGGCACCGGAAAGAAUCGAUCCAGUUCGUGGUCGAGGAGGUUAUGAUGUCCGUUCAGAUGUUUGGUCCUUAGGUAUCACUUUAGUAGAAGUUGCUACUGGACGGUUUCCAUAUCCAAGAUGGAGUUCUGUUUUUGAACAACUGUGUCAGGUUGUUCAAGGAGAUCCUCCAAGAUUGCAAACUUCUAACAAUUUUUCUCCUAAUUUUGUGAAUUUCGUAAAUACUUGUUUGAUAAAAGAAGAAAAUCAAAGGCCUAAAUACAACAAACUACUAGAACAUCCAUUUAUAAAACAUAGUGAUGCUGAAAGUGUUGAUGUAGCUUCUUAUAUUAGUGAAAUAAUGGCUGCAAUGGAAAAUGAUGGUGCAUUUAUGUACACAAUGAAUGACCCUUGAUAGUAUUUUUAAUUUUGUUACAAAGUACACAGUCCAUAGGUACUUAAAAAAAAAAAAAAUCAAGAUUUAUUUAGUUUCAAUCAACUUAUCCAGUCAAUUGUAAUUAAUUAGGUCCCGUAUUGCCUUGAAGAUUUAUUUUUUCCAAUAAUGAUGACAAGCUCCCAACAAUUUUUUUAAUAGUUUUUAACUGGAGUUUUUGCUUUCCAGAAAAAAUAUUUUAACAGCAAAGUGACAUAUUAUUAUUUCUAUUAUUAUUAUUAUUAUUAUUAUUAUUAUAUUAUUAUUAUUGUUGUUGUUAAUAUUUUAAUACGAACUGAGUAACAUGAAAUCCAUAAAAUGGUAGUUUCUUUUUGUCCUACAAAAAUUAUAAUAACUUGGUUUUCAAUCAAUUUCUAUCAGUUUAAAUUAAUAUUGUGGAGGGUAAUUAUUUUGCAUACGAAUCUAGUUCAGAAGUUACAUAUACAACUACUAUAAGUAUUUUUAUUAUAAAAGGUAUGAUUGUUGUAUAUCACGCAGAUUUUUAUGGUUGGGCUAAAAGUUCUAUUUUCUUCUACCUAAGUGGUUGUUUAGUAAAUCUAAUAAAGUCACAUAGGUCAAAGUUUUAUUUUAAGCAAAAAAUAAUUUAAACCAAAAUUAUAAAAUUGAUAUAUUUGAUUAAACAAAUUUUUAUAAAUUAAUUUGUGUAUGUAUUGUAUUUUUACAUAGUUUUGCUUUUAGUAAACUUAUAAUAAAUCGAACUUGUCUUACACAAGUCCACAUAGUGCCUUUUUAGACACAUUUUGUACACAAGUUCCGCCAAAAUUGGGCCCAAAAUAUAAUUUAAGAUAUAUAAAGAAGUAACACUUUGUUUCUAGUUUUGUACCCACUACUGUGAUAAUUAAUGUUUUUUGCAAAAUUAUCUUCUCUUGUGUAUACAAAUUAUGUUUUAAAUUUAUGUAAUCUUGUAUUAUAUUUUAAUUGAGUUAUUAUUUUGCUGUUCAAACUCAAAUACAUCUAAUUAUUUUAUUCCAUUUUUGUAUUUAAGUAUUGGUUGUUACUAUUUAAAGGCAUUGACUCCUACUAAAUGUAUAUAUAUUUUAGUAAACAUUUCUAAUAAACUAAAAAUAUUUUUGUUUAAAUUGAAAUUUAUACUAAUAGAAUUUUAGUUUUAUCAAAUACAAAGACAUAAAAAUAUGUCAAUGUUAUUAAACGAAUGAGAAUAAUACAAAUCAAUUUUUGCAAAAUAUUAGUGUAAUAAAUUGUAAUAUCAAUUGUAGCUUAUUAUAUUUUUUCAUUAAUUUUAUAUAACUAUAUCAAAUACUAAACUAGAAUAACUAUCACAAACCACAUAUUAGGUAAAUUUAUUGUAACCAUCAUUUAUUUUCUAGGUAAUUAUUAGUUUGUCAUUAAUUAAAUUUACUAGUUAAAAUUGACUUUCUGGUAUUUAUUUAUGUUUAAAAAUGCAUUAGUGUGUAUUACAGUAGUACUGGAAAUAAACGUAUAAAAAACAAAUGGGAAUAGAUAUAUUUAAAAACAAUGUAUUGCCAAGGCUGAGCACGUAAAUUAAUUUUUUCAACCCAAGUUAAUAAAGAAAAAUGAAAGUUAAGUUAAAAGUUACUUUUACAAACUUGUAAAAAUUAUAAGUUAUUUAAAAAAAUGUAACUUAAAUUAAUUCAGUUAUACUAUUGUUUCAUGUACAAAUAUGUCAUUUUGAAUUAUAUACCUUAUUUAAAACUUUAAAAAUAGCAUAGUAAUACCAUUGUUCUGUGGUAGUACAAUAUAAUUUUAUAAUUUAAAAUAUAUUUGUCUUAUAUAGGUACUUUCAUAAUUUGAUUAAUGAUGAAAUUCAACAAAAAAAUGUUUAACUUAAUACUUAGCCUUGAGUAUGUAUAUUACACUUGAACAUUUUAGUGACAAUCAAAGCUUAUUAAAAGAAAUAAUACUAUAUAAUAUAUAUUUAUAAAUUAUAAAACAAUUAUAAUAAAAUUACAAUGCAUAAAAAUAUUACUGCUAUACUGUGAAAAUAUAUUUCCAAUUAAUAUUAUUGUAAGCGUCAAUUCAAAUAUUUUUAGAUUAUAAUUAAUAUAAUGUAUUCAUUAUUUAAAAUAAAAUGUACUGAUCUAAAUUUUAUUUUUUUACACUGUCGAUUAUAAUAUUAUACCUUAGUGUAUUCAAAUCAUCAUUUAUACUAUUAAAGUAAAAUUCCUUUAUAAUAGAAACACUUAAUACAAACUUAUUUUUCAGUUAAUUUUUAUAAAGGGUUCUUCAUUAUAUGAGACUAUUGUAAUUUUUUAUUUUAAGGAGAUUCUGUCUUAUAGGGAGUCUGUUAAGUAUAGGUUUUACUGAAUUAUUUUAACAAUAAAUUAUUACAGAAUAUUGAAUAACACUUUUUAACUUAUAUGGUUAUAGUUGAUUGACAAAUACUUGUAAAAUCUACAUAACAACAUACAUAAUAAUGUUUAUAUACAUUCUGUUUUAAAAUUAUAAUAUUUUGGUACUUUAUGUAAAGUAUAUAAUUCUUGAAAUUGUUGUUUUAGCAAUAAUAAAAUAAUAUGUAUUAUUUUUCAAACAGCUAUUAACUUUAGAUUUAUUUGCUGGAACUAAGCAGUUAUAAUAUGGGAAAUUUCCAGUGCUUUCUUUUGACUGGCAUACAGUAUUCAAAUUAUAAUAAUGUAAAAAUGUAGGUGUUAUAAUUAAAAAAAAAUUGUAAUUUAUUUAUUUAUUUUAUCUCAUUAUAUAGCUGAUGUGUAUACUAUUAUACGAUUAGGUAGUACAAAACAAAUCAUUUAUAUUUUAUAAGUGACUUCAUAUUUUAUUUUUAUUAUUAUUAUUAUUUUUUUUUUUUUUUUGUAAUUUUAUGGUCAAUAAAAUUCAAGUAAUAGACUACAACAGUGUUAAUGAGAGAAAAUAAAGAUAAAGAUCAUCAUGA